AAACUAGAGAAGUGUGUACUGGUUUCGCUUUUCAAGGGAUUUGGAAAUAGGAAGAUGGAGAUCAACUGCGACGGGCUUGGAGGUUCUUACGCCGCUUGGGGUGUGCCAAAAGCUGGCUGUUACAGAGACGUGGAAUGGGGUUUUGGUAAAUUGGGUGGAUUCGGGGAAGACGAUUUCCUCAAUAGAUUCUCGUUUUCUAGUUAUGAGAUGCUUUACGAUACAGUGAAUUGGGUUGGUAGUGGUAAUGGUAAUGGCUCUGUGAUGGGUAACACUUUGUUCAAUGAUUUUGUGGGUUUUGGUGAAAUCACUGGGAACACUGUGUUUAGCAGUUUGCCUGAGGAUCCGUUUUGUAUGAACAUCAGAUCGACUCUGAACACAAUCUCAGAUUGGUUUCAUGAGAAUCAGAUGGAUUUAGUAUCAUCAGAUUCUCAGGAUGAACCAGUGGGUACUAGUACGAUGUUGCAGCAGCAAAUCAGCGACCUGAAGUUUAAUGGCUUUGAAGGAUUGGGUGAAGUCGCAUUGCCUGAGGACCCAUUUUGCAUGAAAGUUAGAUCGACCUUGAACACAAUCUCGGAUUGGUUUCAUGAGAACCGGAGGGAUCUAGUAUCGGAAUCUCACGGUGACCCAGUUUGUGCUGUCGACGGGAAACAGCAACUCGAGGGCAGUGAUGUUGACGAUGAUGGUGGUGAAGAACCUCAUGACGCCUUUGAGUUAGUCCUUCCGUAUCUGGAGAUGAAAGAUGUUCUUGCGGUUGAAGGAGUUUGUAGGUCCUUGCGUGACUCGGUCAGAAAAGAGCCUUUUUUAUGGAGAGCCAUUGACCUCAGUGAUUCUUCUCUUAAGUACAGAGUAACUGAUGAUUCUCUCUUGAAGUUAACACGCCGCGCUCAAGGUAAGCUUCAGUGUUUGAAUCUGGGAGGAUGUGUAAGCAUCACUGAUAAUGGCAUGAUGCAAGUGCUUGCAAGCAAUCCGCAUCUCACAAAGCUGAGCGUAUCGGGAUGUCUUGGACUAAGCACAGCAGGAAUGUUGUCCAUUUUAAGGGACUUGAAAUCCUCAAACCGACUUGGAGUGAAAAGCCUUAUCACAGGUGGGGCAUUAUAUUUCACAAAGGAGCAAUUUAAAGAGCUGAACUUGUUACUUGGAUCAGAUGCCAAAGCGGGUGCAAAAUCGAGGAGGCAGAGAUUGUAUACAUCUUGUAGAUCAGAGUUCUCUUUAGAUGACGAUCGAGUUACUGACCUGGAGAUAUGCCCGUGGUGUGAGAAACCAAGUCUGGUGUUUGAUUGUGCAGCAGAGAGCUGUCCACUGAAGGAACAUCCUUGUCCUAAAUCAUCGUGCAGAGCUUGCAUAGUCUGCAUAGAGCGUUGUCACGACUGUGGGAGUUGCUUGAAUGACUGCGAGCACAAGCCGUUCUGCUUUGCAUUCAGCUGUGUCAUCUGCUACAAGAAGAGGUCUAAUCAGUUACAAGAGUUGCUUUAA